AUGAGCAGGUUUUGGAACCAGCUGCAGGCUGGCAGCUCGGAGGUGGACUGGUGUGAGGGCAAUUACCUGAUCGUCUCAAACAUCGCUGAAUUCUACAACACGAUCAGCAAUGUUUUGUUUUUUGUAUUGCCACCCAUUUGCAUGUGCUUAUUCCGUCAAUAUGCAACAUGUUUCAACAGUGGGAUAUACCUAAUUUGGGCACUGCUUGUCGUUGUAGGUAUUGGAUCAGUUUACUUUCAUGCGACUCUGAGCUUCCUUGGCCAGAUGCUGGAUGAGCUAGCUAUCCUUUGGGUUCUAAUGUGUGCCUUUGGCAUGUGGUUCCCCAGAAGAUACUUGCCGCGGAUUUUUCGACGAGACAGAAGCCGAUUCAAAGCUAUGGUUGGAAUCCUGUCUGGUGUUGCCACAGUCCUUGCAUUUGUGAAACCAGCAAUUAAUAACAUUUCAUUGAUGACACUGGGAGUGCCCUGUACGACUUUGCUUAUUGUUGAAUUAAAAAGAUGUGAAAAUGCUCGUGUUUACAAGUUAGGUUUAUUAUCUGGAUUUUGGUGGACCUUGGCUCUGUUCUGCUGGGUCAGUGACAAUUUCUUCUGUGAACUCUGGUCUGCAUUCAAUUUCCCAUACCUGCACUGUGCAUGGCAUAUCUUGAUCUGCCUGGCUGCUUACCUGGGCUGUGUCUGCUUUGCUUACUUUGACGCUGCCUCGGAGAUCCCAGAGCAAGGUCCAGUCAUCAAGUUUUGGCCCAGUGAGAAGUGGGCCUUUAUUGGCGUUCCGUACGUUACUCUUCUUUGUGCGGAAAACAAGUCCUCACUGAAGAUCACUUAAGAAAAGCAGUAAAAGUUACUCCUGCACUUUGUUUUUGAGCAGAGACUUAAGGAAGUUUAUUCUGCAAGGCUUCGGUAUUGACUGGAUUUCUGGAAAUUAGCUAGCUGUACACCUUAGAACAAAGCUUCCUUCUUGCGAACAACACUUAGCACAUACCCUCAGGAAUGAACCUACAUUAUUUGUGAAGAAGUAUUUGAUAUGUUUAGAAUUAAUCUUUUCAGUGAUUGGUAAUUAAUUUUUUACCCAAACACAAAUCACGGCAAGAUUAGGAGUAUUAUUUUUUAGAAAGAAAUGUAGCAUAUUUAGAAGCUACUGUGAAUGAAAUCCUCUGCGGUUCAGCACUGUUCUCUAAUUAUUCUUUAGAAGCAACUUGCAAAGUUAUGUUUUGCAAUGUUCAGGUGGAAAAUCUAUGCCU